GCUUCCAUGAUGAGCAUGUGGGCGAAAAGGGCAUCAAAAAUAUUCAGUUUUACACGAAACUUAGUUAAUGCUGCUGGUCGAAGGUACAUACUCUCUGAAGCCUACUCCUGCAAUGAAACAUGGGAAAAAAGAUUACAGAGUCCUGUUUUUCAAAACGUUGAUGUCAAUGACUUUGUGUUGAAACUUCAUGAUAAAUUUGAAAAGGAAGGCUCUGUCACAGCUAUUGACAUGGAUAUUCUUGCAAACAAACUUCAAGAUGUCAGCAUCAUUCAGUUAGAUUUUGUGGAUAAAUUGUUCUACAGAUUCCGGCACACCCAGGAUGCUCUCCAGAUCAUGCCAUCCACACCAUACUCUUUGAUACGGGCGUAUAUUGAUCAAGGAGAGAGUGACAGGCUGGUCGAUAUAAUACAGGAUAAGAUUGGUUAUGGAAUGUUUCCAGACUUCUACUCGGCAAAUAUUCUGAUGGACCACCUCAUAAAAAUGAAAAAUUACUUGGAUGCAGCCCGUGUAGCUUGUGAAAUGGCAUUGCAAGAGGACCUGUCAAAUGAAGUGACCAGGCUGCUGGUGUUAAACAGCUGUCACCUGUGUUUACAGAACCCUGUGGAGAUCGAAGAAGAGGAACCUGAACCACCAGCACCCCCUAGUGAUGAAGUCACCUAUAUGAGAGUACCAUAUAUAAGGAACCCCCACUAUGAUGAUCAUUUUGACCUGACCGAUGAAGAUGUUCUCCUUGGAAAAACUUUAAAUUUUGUUGGUAGAUUACAGAAUGAUAUCAUAGGCCGUAGUUCCCAAGUCAUUGGCUUGGCCAAGUAUCAGAAGUUUGACAAAGCUCUUGCACUAAUGAAGCAGUAUUUGGAGACAACUGAGGAAUCAUCAAUAACAGAAAAUGUGCUUGAUAUCUUGAAGACAACGUUGGACAAAGUAGAAACAGUUGAUCCAGAGGAAGCUAAUAACCCAGGGAUGCCAAAGAAAUUGACCGCAGAAAUGAAGGAGACAUUCAUGAAGGAAUUGGAGGAAUUAUCAGCAAAACUGAAAGCGGCAAACAAGGUUUCAACUGAAGACUUGCACAAAUUAGUAACGGACUAUGUCACAUCUGAAUUACCAAAAUACGAGGAAAAGGAUAUUCAUGAUCAAAAACGUAUAAUGGAAGAGUGGUCUGUAAAUCGCGAAGAGAGUCUAGCAUCUCAGGUGAAACGAUAUGAAGAUACACAGAAAAAACAAGAACUGAUUCGAAAAAUGAAAGAAUUACGAAAGAAGGAGGAAUUUUUGAACUAUUAUGCCAUGAAGGACAAAAUUCUGUUAGCGGAAUCAAAAGUUCCGAAACCGAAAAAGAAAAAACUCAAAGAAGAGAUUGAUGAAAAUGUGUUGGCUUUAUUGAAACAAAGUGAGAAGCGUGAGAAGAAUUUGGUCUAGUCCUUGUGCUUGGACAUGGGCAUAACAAACCCCUUGCUGAUGGUCAUUUUACAGAUGACCUCUAUGGUUGAGAGACACCCUUGGGAUAGACAUGUUCUGAUGAUUAUCGGGGUGGUCUCACUUCAGUUAGGACUUUAUGAUAAGUGGGAGUAGAGUUGGGAAGGAAACUGUUGCCAUCUGGUCAUUGGCCUUGAAGAGAAGUAUUUUGAAAUCUUUGAUUAUGCACAGCCAAGAGGUUGGCCUACAUGUGUGCACAAAUGGAAAGAGAGUUGUUUGGAAUAAAAAUAUUGCU